UAAGACAUUCGUCAAAAAUAAAUUAUCAUCCGGCAGCUUAUUUUCUUAAUUCUUACGAUGAGCCAUACAAACAGAGGAACCUUGAUAUCCUCUCACAGUCUUCAUCAUUCGGAAGAGAGAGUCCCUCUUCGAUCAGAGUCAGACCAGUCCUGUCUCAAUUCAAGUCCAGAGUUCAAUUUUUGCCUCCGUCAGAACUCGAAACAACGGUUUUCUCACGCCGAUGAGCUCUUCUCCAACUGGAAAAACCUCUCUCGCACUGCGUCUGCCAAAGCCUCGAAGAAGAACGAGAUUACUUCUCCUGAAAGCAAGGUUGAAACCCUAGCUGCGAAAUCCGACACGAGAGAUUCUGACUCAGAUGAUCCAAGUUUUGGGUGUGGUUUUUGGCUUGUCAGAAGCAAAUCUGUCGGCUACUCAAUGAGAAACAAGAAGACAAGUUCUUCUUCGGAAUAUCAACGGAGCAACAGUGAUCCACAGAAAAAGAAGAAGAAGAGUUUGCAGAAGAUGAAUUCUACAGAGAUUAGGGCUUCAAGAUCCAUGAAUAGUUCGGCUUUGAACGUCCCAUUGGCUGAUAUGUUUUGCUUAGGUCCUGUUUUUUCCGGCAGCCGGGAUCGGAAAUAGUGAAGAAUAGUUUAUUAAUCCCAGAUUCAUAAACUGGUGUGGAAAAGUCGCAUAUUCUAUUUCUAACCAUUGGAAAGUUAAUAGUGCUUGUAUUUGAAACGAUUUUUUUAUUACUAAUAAACUUGGAGUAUGAAUGACUAAAUCCAAUCUUAAGGAUGAUCGUCAUACUCAUGCAUAGCUUCCAUUUUAUUCAAGUUUUGAUUAUUUAUUACACCAAGUUAUA